AUGACCAGACUGCUGCAAGCGAGACCUGGUGUCAUUGACCUAGAGGACAAGCUUUGCAAUUCUUUGAAGAACAAGCUCAAGAGCAUCUUAAACAUUGAAGCAAGCGCCUUGGUUCAGAUCUAUGACACCGCAAGGUCUGCCAAUCUUCCUGAUCGCAUCAGGCAAGAAAUUCUUAGCACAUUGGAUGGUAUGGCAGUUGGCGAGGUUCUGGAGCCUCAAUGUGUUGGGAAGGUGGACAUCUCUGCGCUUCAGAGUGCUUCUAUGUGGGAAGGAUGCGACAUUUUGGCUUCCAGAUUGCGACUGUUGGGGGUCGAAGGCAUGAAGGAGAGCUUGAAGCGACUCUGUUGUGGCAUUCUGGUGUGGCUGGAAAGGGAAAAGACUCAGAAGCUUCCACACCCUGACUUGGUCUACAAUCUGAGCAAGCAUAUGAUGCAAGCUCUGCAGACUUCUCCCACAGAGAUUCCAGAGAAAGCGAUGAAAUUGGCCAAGUAUCCGGAUGACCCUCAAGGAAUGAAUGCUCAACACUUCGCUGCUGCCUACAAGGAUGAAAAGCCAGCAAAGAUAGAUUUUCCUGGUUUGGCAGCCCUCUUGAACCCCAAGACUGUGCCUGUCAGAAACAGCAGCAGCUCUGUGAAUGCCAACAAGGACAACAAGCUGGCCACCCAAGCGCAAGUGCAACCAACAGGUACUUCCGGUUCUGCAGCUGUUGCGGAUGAAGUGAUUUGGAAGAUUCUGGGCCGCUUUUCUGAGGUGGGCGACAGAAUUUUGGCAAGAGGGGCUAGUGGAGCAAACAUUCAGCUUUUGGACCCUGGAGAGAAGCCAGCUUCCAGCGCCACAGCUUCGCAGCCUUUGCCCCUGACGGGUCCUGUGACCAGUAGCCUUCCAGCCUUAGAAGACCAACAAAAGCAUGAUCAGCAACAGAUUCCUGCUGCCAAUGAGAAUUCCCGGAAAUCUUUGGAGGAGUUCGAAGAACAGAACAUGCAGCAGCUUCUGCAAAGAGAGCAAAGGAGCAAAGUGAAGAAAGUUGAGAAAGCUGUCAAAGCUGCUGCACUAAGUGGCAAAGGCGGGAAAGCCAAAGGCAAAGGUGCCAAGAGCUCUGCCAAAGUGGGAUCUCAUAGAAAGCAAGCCAUGAAGAGGCCUGCAGCUUCAACCGCUAGCAGCAGUGCCUGCAAAGCAAAGGCAAAAGCCUAUCCUUCAGCUUCUGCUGGGAGCUUGCCACGAGCUUCAGUGCCUGAGAAGAGAGGCUGCUCCAAGUGCAGAGCCAAUGGGUGCCCUCAGUGCAGAGACCCAAGUUUCAGCGGGCAAAUUUGGCUUAAGUCUGAAUAUUUGGCUUAUGCAAAGCUCCAUGGCUUGAAGUAG